AUGUUCAAGAGCGGCCUUUCUCCCAUCGCGAGGGCAGUUCGCCCGGCCUCGCGCCUCGCUGCGCGCCCCAGCUUAAGAUUUCCCAAAUACUCCCUCGGUGCCAGGUUCGCCAGCACACAGGGUGUCGGUGAUGGAAAGAUUCACCAGGUCAUCGGUGCCGUCGUGGAUGUGAAAUUCGACACUGCCAAGCUCCCCCCGAUUCUUAACGCCCUUGAAACCACCAACAACGACCAGAAGCUCGUCCUUGAGGUUUCGCAACAUCUGGGCGAGAAUGUCGUCCGCUGCAUUGCCAUGGACGGUACUGAGGGUCUCACCCGUGGCGCCAAGGCCACCGACACUGGUGCUCCUAUCACCAUUCCCGUCGGCUCUGGCACCCUUGGUCGUAUCAUGAACGUCACUGGUGACCCCAUUGACGAGCGUGGUCCUAUCAAGACCGACAAGUACCUGCCCAUUCACGCUGAGGCUCCCGAGUUCGUCGAGCAGUCGACCACUGCCGAGAUUCUGGUUACCGGUAUCAAGGUCGUCGACCUGCUGGCCCCCUACGCUCGUGGUGGAAAGAUUGGUCUGUUCGGUGGUGCCGGUGUCGGCAAGACCGUGUUCAUUCAGGAGCUUAUCAACAACAUCGCCAAGGCCCACGGUGGUUACUCUGUCUUCACCGGUGUCGGUGAGAGGACCCGUGAGGGUAACGAUCUGUACCACGAAAUGCAGGAGACCUCUGUCAUUCAGCUUGAUGGCGAGUCCAAGGUGUCGCUGGUCUUCGGUCAGAUGAACGAGCCCCCGGGAGCCCGUGCCCGUGUCGCCCUUACUGGUCUUACUGUUGCUGAGCAGUUCAGAAACGAGGGCCAGGACGUGCUUCUCUUCAUCGACAACAUCUUCAGGUUUACCCAGGCCGGUUCCGAGGUGUCGGCUCUGCUCGGUCGUAUCCCCUCUGCCGUCGGUUACCAGCCCACCCUCGCCGUCGACAUGGGUGGUAUGCAGGAGCGUAUUACCACCACCCAGAAGGGCUCGAUUACCUCAGUCCAGGCCGUCUACGUCCCUGCUGACGAUUUGACUGAUCCUGCCCCCGCCACCACCUUCGCCCACUUGGACGCCACCACUGUGUUGUCCCGUGGUAUCUCCGAGCUGGGUAUCUACCCUGCUGUCGACCCCCUCGACUCCAAGUCGCGUAUGCUUGACCCCCGUAUUGUUGGUCAGGAGCACUACGAGGUCGCCACCCGCGUCCAGCAAAUUCUCCAGGAGUACAAGUCGCUCCAGGACAUCAUCGCCAUUCUGGGUAUGGACGAGUUGUCUGAGGCCGAUAAGCUCACUGUCGAGCGUGCCCGUAAGAUCCAGCGUUUCCUGAGCCAGCCUUUCACUGUCGCCCAGGUCUUCACUGGUAUCGAGGGUAAGCUCGUCGACCUCAAGGACACCAUUGCCUCGUUCAAGGCUAUCCUGGCUGGUGAGGGUGAUUCGCUGCCCGAGGGUGCUUUCUACAUGGUUGGUGACCUUGCGUCGGCACGUGAGAAGGGUGAGAAGAUUCUGGCUGAGCUCGAGAAGGACUCGUAA